AUGGCCGAGGUAAUCAGGGACGAGGAGGUGCGCAGGCGCGUGCGACUUGCCCAAGAGUUUCUCGACCCAGACGAUGUCUCGAGGCGAAGCUACCGACCCGACAUCCUGGUGAUGCUCAAUCGGGGCCUCCGAAGACUCACAGUCAGCAUAGACGAGAUCCGCUCACAUAACCGCGAACUGGCCGAUGGUCUGCUCAACUCGCCCUUCGAAUUCACAGAAGCCUUCGACCGCGCCCUCAAGGAUGUCGUGCGCACCUUCACCGACCGCCCAAAGUCCGAGACCAGCGACGACGUGGUCUACUAUUGCGCAUACAUUGGCAGCUUCGGCGAGUACUCGUGUAACCCGCGUACAUUGGGCUCAAACCAGCUGAACCACAUGGUGUCGCUCGAGGGCAUCGUCACAAAAACCUCCCUAGUGCGGCCAAAGGUGGUCAAGAGCGUCCACUACAACGAGAACAAGCAGAAGUUCCACUCGCGCGAGUACAGAGACCAGACCAUGACUACCGGUGCGGCGAGCACCAGCGUCUAUCCGACAGACGAUGGCGAGGGGAAUCCACUUGUCACCGAGUACGGCUACUGCAUCUACCGCGACCAUCAGACCAUCUCCAUCCAGGAGAUGCCCGAGCGUGCGCCUGCUGGACAGCUGCCGCGUUCGGUUGAUGUCAUCUUAGACGACGACCUCGUCGAUCGCGUCAAGCCUGGCGACCGCAUACAGCUUGUCGGAAUAUAUCGCUCACUCGGUAACCGCAACGCUGGUGCUGGCAGCUCGACCUUUCGCACACUGAUCCUGGCAAACAAUGUUAUCCUUCUCUCUUCCAAGUCCGGUGGCGGCAUCGCUCAGGUUUCCAUUACCGACACCGAUAUCCGCAACAUCAACAAGAUAUCCAAAAACAGGCGCGUAUUCGAGUUGCUAUCGCAGUCACUCGCCCCCUCCAUUUACGGACACGACUACAUCAAAAAGGCAAUUCUUUUGCUUCUUCUGGGAGGACAAGAAAAGAACCUUGAGAACGGCACCCAUCUGAGAGGAGACAUCAACAUUCUCAUGGUUGGUGACCCCUCGACUGCUAAAUCGCAACUUCUGCGAUUCGUGCUGAAUACCGCCCCACUCGCCAUCGCCACCACUGGUCGUGGCUCGUCCGGCGUUGGUCUCACAGCUGCCGUCACUUCAGACAAGGAGACAGGCGAGCGUCGUCUUGAGGCUGGUGCCAUGGUUCUUGCUGACCGUGGUGUUGUCUGUAUUGAUGAGUUUGACAAGAUGUCUGAUGUUGACCGUGUAGCUAUUCACGAAGUCAUGGAGCAACAGACCGUGACCAUUGCCAAAGCCGGUAUCCAUACCUCGCUCAAUGCCCGAUGCAGCGUCGUCGCAGCUGCCAACCCCAUUUUCGGUCAAUACGACAUUCACAAAGACCCUCAUCGCAACAUUGCUCUUCCAGAUUCUCUUUUAUCGCGUUUCGAUCUGCUUUUCGUCGUUACCGACGACAUCGAAGACGCACGCGACAGGCAGGUUUCUGAGCACGUCCUCCGCAUGCAUCGAUACCGUCAGCCUGGCACCGAGGAGGGUGCACCAGUCCGAGAGGAGGGAGCUCAGCUCUUGGGUGUCGGUCUCGACACUGAUGCUGAUGCCAACCGUCCAACGGAAGUUUACGAGAAGUUCAAUCCCAUGCUGCAUUCCGGUGUCACAAUCACAGUUGGACGUGGGGCGAACCGAAGGACCGAGGUCCUCAGCAUACCUUUUAUCAAAAAGUACAUCCAAUAUGCUAAACGCGAGAAACCAAUCCUUACCAAGGGUGCAGCCGAUCACAUCGUAGCAACCUACUCUGCACUGCGGAACGACGAGCUGGAUGCUGGUACCCGCCGCACUUCACCUAUCACAGCGCGUACUCUCGAAACACUCAUUCGUCUUUCCACUGCACACGCAAAAGCUCGUCUGUCAAAGCGAGUAGAGCAGAAGGAUGCAGAGGUCGCGGAACAAAUUCUCCGUUUCGCGCUGUUCAAGGAAGUUGUCGAGGACGACCGCCGCAAGCGAAGACGAACAGUCCGUGACCCAGAUGCCAUGUCCACGGACGGAGAGUCAUCCGGUGAUGAUGAUGAUGAAGACGGUGACGAGCAAGAGGCCACACAAUCUCGCCGCACGGGUGGGCCAUCUACUCGUAACACGCGUACGGGCACUACACGCACCCCCGCAGCCGAAGAGGAUGGUGGAGAAGACGACGACAACGAAGACCUUUACAACGCUACGCCGAAGACUCAGCGCACAACCAAUCGUACACAGUCGUCCCGCGCUGGCGCAUCAUCACAAGUCAGCGCCGCAUCUUCACACCCCGAAUCCCAGCUACCAGCCACACAAACUGAAUCGCAAGAAUCCCAGGACAUCACGCCGGCACGUCUGCAAGUGUUUCAAACAGCACUUGGUCAACUUAUCGAUGGGCCACUAUUUGCGAACGAUGCUGCAGAUGUGGAACCACUGGUUGCUGCUGUAAAUGCCAGACUUGGUGGCGGUAACGGGCGCGAAGCAUUUGAGGAAGCUGAGGCAGAGAAGGCACUUGAAGCGCUCAGCGAGAGGAACAAGAUCAUGUACUCUGGAGGUAUCGUAUACAAGAUCUAG